AUGCUUCGUAUCAUUUUUGAGGAAACAAACGUACAAUUUAGUGGUUACAUUUUCAAACAAAUACAAGGUGUACCAGUGGGUGGUAAUACUAGCCCGGAUAUUGCCGAUCUCACAUUGUCAGUAAUGGAGUAUCGUUUUCUUCGUAAAAAUCCGGGGUUUCAUUUUCAUCUUUUCCGAUAUAUCGAUGAUAUUCUAAUGUCAACUGUGCCAACUUUGCGGAAAUUGCCAGCAACAUCUAUGGGCCCAGCCUAA